AUGCGGGAUACAUCUGAUGUCAUGAACAUAUGGCGUCGAGAUGAUGAGAAUCUGGAAGAUUUUAUAACCAGAUAUAAUAAGGAAGUAUUGGAGAUCGGUGGUGUCCACGAACAGCUAAUCCGUGCUCAGUUUAAGUACGCGGUUAGAUGUGACGAUAUGGUCAAAGUGCUAUCCGGAACAGAAGGCCUCCCCAAGAGUUGGGAAAAGAUAAUGGCGGCGGCCAAGGUUUACGCACAAACGGAGAAAAACCUUACUACAAACAGACCACCACCACCACACAGCAGGCCCACAGAUUUAAGUGCAACGGGCGAGCGAAGAUUCAAGAAAUCAUGGCGCGAGUCAUCUGGAAGCCGCUCCUCUGAAGACGCUCGCGCAACAAUUAACAAACUCUCUGCUCAGAGAGAUAACAAGCAUGAAAACAGGGAGAGGCAGUGGACCCCACUGACAAAAACCCCGGCGGAAGUCCUGAGUACCGAGGAUUAUCAGUUUAAACCGCCAAUCCCGAUGAAGAGUAAACGUGGUCAGGAUCUAGCGCAGUAUUGCGAAUAUCAUAAGGAUACGGGACACACCACAAACAAUUGCAUUUCCUUGCGCACCGAGAUAGAGAAAGCCCUCAAAAAUAGGGAGUUUACGCAUCUACUCCAGAAUAUGCGCAAGGAGAUAAAGCAAAUCACCCGGGGAGAAGAAACCUCCAACAAACGGGCCAAGACUUAA